AUGGGGAAAAUCGUCUUCUACGAGGACAAGAACUUCCAGGGGCGCUCUUAUGAGUGCAUGGGAGACUGUUCUGACAUGUCCUCCCACCUCAGCCGCUGCCAAUCCUGCAGGGUGGAGAGCGGCUGCUUCAUGGUCUACGACCGUCCAAACUUCAUGGGUAACCAGUACUUCAUGAGGAGGGGAGAGUAUUCCGACCAGAUGCGUAUGAUGGGCAUGGGCGAUUCCAUCAGAUCCUGCCGCAACAUCCCCAUGCACAAAGGAAAUUUCAAAAUGAGGAUCUACGAGAAGGAGAACUUUGGUGGUCAGAUGAACGAGGUGAUGGAUGACUGUGACUCCAUCGUGGAUCGCUACCGUAUGUCUGACUGCAUGUCCUGCAAUGUCAUGGAUGGCCACUGGCUCAUGUAUGAGCAGCCCCACUACAGAGGCAAAAUGAUGUACAUGAAGCCUGGAGAGUACAAAAGCUUCAGGGACCAGGGAAUGAAAUGCAUGAGCAUGAGGCGCAUCAUGAAUUCUCUCUAUAAUUAAAUGGACACUUUAGAUGUUAGAAAGCACUUAUUAA